AUGGAUCAGAUAUCACUUUCAUCGCUAGUCGAGACAUGGCUCCAGUGGGACCAGGAUCCCAGGACUCGCACGGAGAUAGAGCACCUUCGGGAUACCAAUGACGAAGCUGCACUGGAGCUGUGCCUACGCAACCGCAUUAAAUUCGGCACGGCGGGCUUGCGAGGCCGUAUGGCAGCAGGGUUCUCUUGCAUGAAUUCCUUAACGGUUAUCCAAGCUUCUCAGGGACUGGCUAAGUAUAUACAAACUCAACGUCCCGACAUUGCCCCUAAAGGCGUUGUCAUUGGAUACGAUGCGCGCCAUAACUCUCACAGAUUCGCCGAGCUUGCCGCCAAUGCCUUCAUUGCAUUGCAGAUCCCUGUUUACUUCUUCUCCAUGUCCUCGCCAACUCCGUUGGUUCCUUUUGGAAUCAACUACUUCAAAGCUGCCGCGGGUAUUAUGGUUACCGCAAGCCAUAACCCGCCUCAAGACAACGGCUACAAGGUUUAUUCCAGCAAUGGUGCCCAGAUCAAUCGACCUGAAGAUGGAGAGAUAGCACAGUCUAUUCGCGACAGCCUUGACCCAUGGCCGGGUGCCUGGAAUGAACUGCAGCCUGGCGAGUACUUGCAUGCCGAUGCAUACGAAAAAAUCAUUCCAUUCUACAGGGCGCAGGUCAAAGAAUACGCGCUUUCGACAGCUUUAGGAUGGAACAACCUCAGCUCAUUUGUUUAUACGCCUCUUCAUGGCGUUGGAGGCUUAGUGCUUCCAGACAUUUGUGACUCGCUUGGGGUGCACGACUUCUUAUCUGUCCCUCUCCAAUCAGUACCCAAUCCUGAGUUUCCCACAGUCAAAUUCCCCAACCCCGAAGAAGCCGGGGCUCUUGACCUUGCCAUACAAACCGCCGAUCAAGAAGGGAGAACUCUGAUCAUUGCCAAUGACCCUGAUGCGGAUAGAUUCGCAGCGGCGGAGAAGUUGAAUGGCGAAUGGUUUCUCUUCACCGGCAAUCACAUGGGUGUCCUUUUGGGAUCUCAUAUUCUUGAGUCCUUAAAUAGUGAGGAUUUGUCAAGGACUACAUUUUUGACGACAACCGUGUCCAGUGGCAUGCUCGAAAAGAUGACCAAGUCUAAAGGUGCUCAGUUCCAAGAGACAUUGACUGGCUUCAAAUGGAUGGGUAACGUUGCUCGGGACCUUGAACGUACUGGAAUGACUGUUCCAUUUGCCUACGAGGAAGCCCUCGGGUACAUGUUUCCUUCAGUCUGCUACGAUAAGGAUGGGAUCACAGCUGCCGCUGUUUUUCUAGGGGCAUAUGCCAAAUGGAGAUCUGAAGGGUUAACUGCACAAGCUAAACUUCAGCAAUUAUUUGAGGAAUUUGGGCACCACGAAACACUGAACAACUACUUCCGUUCCCCUAGCCCAGAUCUGGCGGUUGAGCUGUUCCGUGGUAUUCGGAGCGGCCCCUUCCUCGCCAGUAAGAAGUUUGGCUCAUUCAAGAUCCUCCGCUGGAGAGACCUGACAGAAGGAUUUGAUUCCGCCUCUUCGGAUAACAAACCAGACCUGCCUGAAGAUCCUACAAGCCAGAUGCUGACCCUAUGGCUGGAUGGAGGAGUGCGCUUCACUAUUAGAGGCUCGGGCACAGAACCAAAGGUCAAGUUCUACAUAGAAAGCUGUGGCGCCUCUCGUGACAAUGCCGUCAAGGCUGUUUGUGAAACUUUCCUCACCAUCCUGACAGAAUGGGUUCAGAAAUACACCCCUUCCAUGACCCACAGCAGCCAGCUUCCAACCUCGUCAGGUCAGAUUCUUGAUAUGGAUAAGCAAUGA